UCGCCGCCGCCUCCAGAUUCCAGCAGCGAAGAACUAAGCAGCCGAGCCAUGGAGGUGACUAUCGCCCCGCUCCGAGCCUGGGACGAUUUCUUUCCAGGCUCGGACCGCUUCGCCCGGCCGGACUUCGGAGACAUUUCCAAAUGGAACAACCGAGUGGUGAGCAACCUGCUCUAUUAUCAGACCAACUACCUGGUGGUAGCUGCCAUGAUGAUUUCCGUUGUGGGGUUCCUAAGUCCUUUCAAUAUGAUCCUCGGAGGAAUUGUGGUGGCGCUGGUGUUCACAGGGUUUGUGUGGGCAUCCCACAAUAAGGAUAUUCUCCGUAGAAUGAAGAAGCAGUAUCCUACGGCAUUUGUCAUGGUGGUCAUGCUGGCUAGCUAUUUCCUCAUAUCCAUGUUUGGAGGAGUUAUGGUCUUUGUGUUUGGCAUCACUUUUCCUUUGUUGUUGAUGUUCAUCCAUGCAUCUCUGAGACUUCGGAACCUCAAGAACAAAAUGGAGAAUAAAUUGGAGGGAAUUGGUUUGAAGAAAACACCGAUGGGAAUUAUCCUUGAUGCCCUUGAACAGCAGGAAGAAUCCAUCUCCAAAAUCACUGACUAUAUUUCUAAAGUGAAGGAAUAAAUUCAGCUGACCUGGCAGAAAGGGGGCAGCAGACAUCAAGUCGCGCUUUACCCUUGUCCAGAUCUACUUUCCAUUUGUGUUUUUUAAAUAGGAGGUGCACGUACCAGCCAACUACCUAUGAUGGCAUGCAUGUAUAGGUUAAACUCUUAACAUCUGGGAUAUUGUAGAGGGAAAGCCUCACAUUUGAAACAUCUUUCUGUUGUGUCUAAAGUUUUGUGUAUUUAUGAAAACAGAAAAUGGAUCACAUAUUUCUUUAGGGAAGAUGGGAGAAUGAAAGAAUUAUGGGAUGUAACAGAAGCAAAAACUGUUAAUCUUUGAGGAAAAAAAUAAUUGUCAAAUAUCCAGGCAAUAUGAGUAAAUAAAAAAGAACAAAAUAGAAAAAAACAAACCAAACCAUGCAACAGCCUAUUGUAAUCCCUACUAGCAUCCUCCUAAAAAUAACAAAGAUUGUGAUAUGUGGGGCAUAAAUUACCUUAGAUAUUAUUGUUUUUCUUUUAAAAUCAGAUUCUCUUUCUCAAUGCCCCUUUUUGAUGUGCAGUGGAAACUGGAUAAACUAGUUUAUAUUUUGUUUACAGAGACAAAUAUAGUUGUUUAGGAGAAUAUUUUGUCAAAGUUUUGAAAUGCUAGUCAUGUGUUUUUGCUAGUAGAUAUUUGUUGCAAACCUCUUCCUUAAAUGAAACUCCAGUUAUGAGACCCGUAUUAAUCUUGAUGAUUUUGUUAAAAGACAAAGAAAAAAUUAAAACGAAACAAGUUCUGUUUAUUCUA